AUGCCGGCAGCUACAAGAAACAAGUCUGGAAAGGCGGGGCCCGCUAGCAAAGCCGCUGUCGACCUACACCCUGACUCCAAGCCUGAGCACAAGACUAGCAAAGCCAACUCAGGUGACUACCGUGACGUGGUGGUGAAAACUGACGAAAACCAGGAAACGAGCCUUCGCAAACUAGCUGCAACUGGGCCCAUAGUGGUUUUUCUCGUCCCCAAAGCGAACACGCCUGGCUGCAACAGGCAGUACGAGUCGUACACACGCAACUACGAGCGGUUUACUGCCCUAGGCGUUCGCUGCUUUGUCCUUAGCAAAGACAAGCCAGAGGCGCUUGCACGCUGGCGGGCGAAGUAUCAGAGUCCAGUCCCUGGACUCUCGGACCCGACACAGAACCUCAUUGGAAAACUCAAGGCUCGCAAACCACCCGCGAACACAAUUAGAUCACACUUUAUUUUCGCAGAGGGGACCGCGGACAAGCUCGCAGAGGCGAUUCCAGUCUCGCCUGACAAGUCAUGCGAGAUUGCGCUCAAGUCCUUGGAAGAACUCGGUAUAAAGAAGAAAGCCUGA